CAUUCUUUUUUGUUUUCUGAAAUUGAAAAUCAUCUACUGAUCACUUCCUCACUGAAAAAACCUGCUUUGGUUUCAAAAUUAUGUAAAUUGACCUUGCUUUUAAAGGCAAUUUUGCAGCAAUUAAAGCUGAAUAUCUCCUUAUUCAAAUGCAGUAAUUUUACAUGACGAGUCAAUGUUUGAUAGGAAAAACCAUACGUGUAAAAGAAAAAGCAGUAAUUUUUGGAUUCAGGAUCGUUACAUUCCAUAUAUGUUUUGUUUGUUGCCUUGUUGAAAGGAUUCCAUUCUAGGAAUGCCACUCUUCUCGCUUUCUAUCUUUGCAUCUCCCCCUUGCUUCUCUUGGUUUCCUACCUGUCGCUCGAUUUCCAUUACUUCUUUGCUGUUUUUUAUUCUUCUUCUCUUGUCCUCGCUCUUACAAUGCGGCUGUAAUUCUCCGUUUCCGGCUUUAAAAAUCCGUUCUUGCCAUCCUCAUUGCCAGAAAUGCAGCAAAAAUCGCUUCUUUAGAGCCUUUCUUGCGGUUUUGCUCUUCUAGUUUCAUCCUUUUGGGGGUAAAAAUUGCUCCUUUGGGGCUUGCAAUGCUGAUGGGAAAGGGAAAUCGGGGGAGAGGAAUCCUGCUCUUGCUCGGGUUCCUUGCUUGUUUCGAGGCGGCGUUUGGCGGAGAAGACGGAGCGGUUAACCUCUGGCCGAUGCCCAAGUCGGUAAGCCAUGGCUCGCGAACGCUGUCCUUGAGCAAGGAUUUCAAGUUGACGACGCAGGGGAGCAAGUACCCCGAUGAUUCCUCGCUGUUGAAGGAAGCUUUCAAGAGGAUGGUCGAUGUGGUACAAGUGAAUCACAUCGUUGACGGUCGAGUUCCGAAUUCGAUGGUGCUCGCUGGGUUGAAUGUGGCUAUUUCUUCAGCAGAUGAUGUGCUGAAAUUUGGGGUGAAUGAGUCCUAUAAAUUGCAUGUUCCUGCUGUUGGAAGUCUCAUAUAUGCAAAUAUAGAGGCAAAAACAGUUUAUGGAGCACUUCAUGCUUUGGAGACUUUCAGCCAAUUGUGCCACUUUAAUUUUGACAAGAGGAUUGUUGAAUUAUAUGCAGCUCCUUGGUCUAUUUUUGAUAAGCCAAGGUUUCCUUUUCGUGGACUUCUUAUUGAUACCUCUCGGCAUUACCUACCCCUACCAGUAAUAAAAGUUGUUAUCGAUUCAAUGGCAUAUAGUAAAUUGAAUGUGCUUCACUGGCAUAUUGUGGACGAGCAAUCCUUCCCCUUGGAGAUACCAUCAUAUCCAAGAUUGUGGUCUGGCUCAUAUUCUUAUUCCGAGCGAUACACCGUGGCUGAUGCUCUUGAAAUUGUACAGUAUGCACAAAGAAGGGGGAUAAAUGUCUUGGCUGAGAUUGAUAUUCCAGGCCAUGCUCGCUCAUGGGGUGUCGGAUAUCCUGCUUUAUGGCCAUCAACAGAAUGCAAUCAACCACUUGAUGUCAGUAACGAGUUCACAUUCAAAGUAAUAGAUGGAAUUCUUUCGGAUUUUUCAAAGAUUUUCAAGUUCAAGUUUGUCCACUUGGGAGGCGACGAAGUUAACACAAGUUGCUGGUCCAAUACCCCUCAUGUAAAAGAAUGGUUGAACAAACAUGGGAUGAAUGAAUCCGAAGCCUACAAGUACUUUGUUUUACGAGCACAAAAAAUAGCUAUAUCACAUGGAUAUGAAGUCGUCAAUUGGGAGGAAACUUUCAACAACUUUGGGAGACAACUGAACCCCGAAACUGUAGUCCAUAACUGGCUCGGCGGUGGAGUAGCAAAGAAGGUGGUCGCCGCUGGACUGAGAUGCAUAGUGAGCAACCAAGACAAGUGGUAUUUGGAUCACUUAGAUGCUACCUGGGAGGGGUUCUAUAUGAAUGAACCACUCAUAAACAUCACUGAACCAGAAGAACAAAAACGAGUUAUCGGCGGUGAGGUAUGCAUGUGGGGAGAGCAUAUUGAUGCCUCUGAUAUAGAGCAAACUAUAUGGCCGCGCGCUGCAGCUGCUGCUGAGCGACUAUGGACCCCUCUCGAGAAACUGGCAAAUGAUCCAACACGAGUCACGGGAAGAUUGGCUCGAUUUAGGUGUUUGCUUAACCAGAGGGGGAUUGCUGCUGCACCAUUGGCAGGACUAGGGCGUGCCGUUCCAAUAGAGCCUGGUUCUUGCUUGAAACAAUAAAAGAGAAGUUUGGCUUGAUUAACAGCAUUGUUUACAAUUGUGAAAUCAGGUUGAUUAGUCAUCAUUUUUAAGGUUUUAGUGGUUACAUUUGAAAUGAGAUUGGUAGCCAAAUUCAAAGAGGCCGACAAGUAAAUGUUAUGGUUCAACUUUAUUUGUGCAUUAGAGCAACUUGCCAUUGUUAGUAGUUUGUUUCCAUCUUGUCAAUAAAGUGGCAUGCUUAUCAUUAAUAAAGAAAUCAUUUCAUGUUUAUCAA